GCAUUUUCCUCUCGAUUGUCAUCAUAUUGUCAUGGUGUCUAAAGGUUGAUUUUGUUUUUAUUUAUUAGAUUUUCAUUCAUAUAAACGAUACCAUCAUCCCCUCGAAACGUAAACAUGAACAGAUUAAUUUUGAAUCCGUGCCGGUGCAUAAAAAGAUCAACUCUGAAAUGGGAAAUUAAAGAGUAUCAGUAUUUUUCACAUGUGAGACAUGCAAGAACCCUGUCAUAUGCUAUCCAGCCAGGCAAGCCUCAUUUAGGCUUUACACAGCGGCCAUUAAAUGCCAGAGUGGUGUACACUCCGCCCUACUACAGAGGAAUAGCCACAAGCUCCUGCUACUAUGAAAAGGAACCGCUUAAACCUUCUUCAAAAGUCGAAGCAGCAGUUGAAACUAUAAAGAAAGGAAUCGCUGAAAAAGAGAAGCUCCCAGUAAAGGAAGUACCGAAGAAAAGUAUAGGGGAACGCAUCAUGGCUGAGAUCAGGCAUUAUGCAUAUGGUUUCAAACUACUCUUCAUUGAAAUCAGGAUCUCGACAGGUUUAUGCUUUAAGAUUCUAAGAGGCAAGUCGCUAACUCGGCGAGAGCAUAAGCUACUCAUCACUACAAUUGGAGACUUAUUCAGAAUGGUACCAUUUAUAGUAUUUAUUGUUGUGCCCUUUCUAGAAUUCUUACUGCCAUUAUUCAUAAAAAUGUUCCCUAACAUGUUGCCAUCCACAUUUGAAAGCAAAGAUCAGAAGGAAUCAAAAAUGAAACAGCACUUGAAAGUUAAAUUGGAAAUGGCAAAGUUUUUCCAAGAGACACUGGAUCAGAUGGCUCCUCAGGCGAGUAAUAGACACUCGACAAUCGCAAAAGAGUUUCAGACCUUCUUCACAAAAGUCAGAACUACUGGUGAUGUGGCCACUAGUGAGGAAAUAAUGAAAUUCUCAAAGUUAUUUGAAGAUGAAAUCACAUUAGAUUCACUUCAGAGGCCACAUCUGAUUGCACUUUGCAAAGUGUUAGAAGUGACUUCUAUUGGUACAAGUGCUAUGCUACGGUGGAAUCUGAGGAUGAAGCUGCGGUCUUUGGCUGCUGAUGACAAAAUGAUAGCUAAAGAAGGUGUGGACAGCUUAAACUUCAGCGAGUUGCAACAGGCAUGCCAAGCGCGUGGAAUGAGAGCUUAUGGUGUAUCAGAAGAGCGACUUAGGAAGGAGUUAAGAAACUGGCUAGAUUUAUCUUUGAACGAGAAAGUUCCACCGUCGCUCUUGCUUCUGUCCAGAGCGUUGAUGGUGCCAGAACAUGUGCCGACAACAUAUAAGUUGAAGGCUACCAUUUCAGCACUGCCUGACUCGGUCGUGAUGCAGACUAAGGCUGCCAUUGGAGAGAAGGAAGGCAAAAUUGACUUCAAGGCUAAAAUGGAAUCCAUCAGGCUUGAAGAACUAAAGAUCAAAGAAGAACAGGCCGAGAUGCUUGAAGCUGAGAAAGAGAAACAAAUACUGGACGCAAAGAAGAGAGAGAAGGAAGAACUCAAAGACAAAGCGCCCGUACUUGAUAUUGAACAAGAAGCCGCUGCCAAGGAUGAGGCAAAGGUGCUGAAUGUGGAUAGUCCUAAACCGGUGGAGGAGGGUCUGUCUGGCAAGGACAUCGAGGCCAUUGAGGAUGCUUUAGAAAAAUUAGCUGAACAGAAGAAAUCCCUGCUCCUCGAAAAGGAGAGUAUCCAAGACCUAAAGGCGGAGCUCUCCGAGUACAGCGAAGAUGUCAAGGAGAUGCAAGAGAUUGUUAAGACCAAUCAGGCAGACAUCAAGGUCUCCAAGGGCGCCAGAAGACUAUACAAAGCAGUGAACAACAUGAUCAGCAAACUGGACUCCGUUCUAGUCGAGCUAGAAAACAAAGAGAAAGCGCUCCAGAAAACGCUAGAACAGACCAAGUCCGAGCCACAGAAGACCAAGGAGCAGCUGAUCCAUAUCGAUGAACUGAUGCAUUCCAUUAAGAGUCUAAAGAAAGUGCCCGAUGAGGCCAAGCUGAAGUUGAUACAGGAUGUUUUGGGAAGGUUGGAUGAUGAUUUUGACGGGCAGUUGAAGGUCGAUGACGUUUUGAAGAUGGUUGAAAUAAUAGGCAACGAGAACGUGAACCUGUCAGAGAAGCAGGUACAGGAGCUGAUUGAGCUCCUCGACAAGGAGGAGAUUCUAGAAGUAGAGAGCAAGAUACAGAAGGCGCUCGACAAGGCCGCCACAGCGAAGAAGGCGCAGAAUAUUGAAGCUCUGGAAGCUAGCAAGGGUCUAUUUGACUUAAUCCGAGAAGCACAAAAGCGACGGGAGAUGAAAAAAGCAGUGGAGAAGUUCGGCGAUCAACCCUCGAUCCCCAAGAGCGAAGACAUCGUCACCAAGACCAGCAAACCAGAGGACAGCAGUAAACGGCACGAGAGCCACUGAAAACUCAACCUUAGGAAUAUUAGAGUAAAGUUGUAAAUACUGUGGCUGUCGGUGGCGUUUACGUCUUAUGCUAGUCGAGCAACCAGCAGAAAUGACGAUCCCAUCAAUACUUAUUGAAAAUAUAGGGCAUAGUCUAAGCUGACUUUGCUUUGAUAGAACAAAGCGAGGGAGUGUCAUUAUAUAUGUCAUAUUUUCAUAGAAAUUCGAUAUUAAUGAUGGCAUUCCACACAUAUUUAAAGUCUGAAUUUUAUUCUCACGGAAUUAAUGUAAACAAACAACUGUCACUGUCAAAGUGACAGUUGCAGGCAAGUCGGGGCUCGCAGAAAAACUUAAAGAAAUGACGGAGUUUUGCGGAAGUAUGCCUACAUCCUUACAAAAAACUAUCAAAUUGCCAUUAAAAGCGAUUACAGGAGCACUCAAACUCAAAAGUUAUUGAAAAUUUAUUUUGAGCGGCCCGCAACUUGGUCGCCCUGGUGAAUCUCCAUAGUAAUACCAGUGGAAUAAAUAAACUACCCGACAAAAGCAGCUUUUUCUUUUGCAUUAAUAUACCAAAAUGUUUUAAUGUUAAAAUUUAGUUUCCCUUAACAGUCAAUAUUUCUGGAGUAGAAUAUAAAAAGAUUUCUAAUAAAUAUGGCAAAUAUGGACAGUUUAAGUACCCUGAAUGCUGCAAAAGUUUUUUGUCACCGGCCACACCUUUGUUUACGUGAGAAUAAAAUUUAGACUAUAGCUUGGUCUGACCCGUCUGACUAACAAAGUUACAAGCUUUGAUCCCAUAUGUAAAGUGUAAUGUACUGUUAUGUAAUGUUUCCCUAAUGACAAUAAGCAUUUGUAUACAUGUAAUUGAUUACUGCAUGUAAAUAGUUACAUAAUGCCUAUUCCCUUUCGCACCGUACAAACUGAUUUUCAGAUUUUUAUUUAUUUCCGGUUUCGUUGUUUAUAAAAUUCUAUUUUAUUGUUUAUGCAUUUCUGUGAUCGCUGUUGUAAGUUUUAUGUUUGUUGUGUAUAUUAGCGUUGCACAAAUUGCAUGUCUGUAUGUAUUCGAAUUUCGUUUAUUUUAUUGGCACCGGCCUACAUUAUCAGUUAUCAAAAAUUUUGACUUACUUCAGGUAUAAAAUAUCUCGCAAGUUGCAUUUAAAAUGUGACGGAUUUGUGUAUAUAAAAUAUAUAGAGGAUUAAUUUUAUAUGAUUUCAAAACUGGUUUUAUAACCCUGGUGUAUCAUGUGAUUCUUGGCUGUCUAUAAUUUAAGCUAUUACGACCCUACCUGCUCAUCUUAUGCAGGUAUUAACACAACUAAAUAUACUUUUAUAUGAAAAAAUCUUGUUCUAAAACAACUGUUGUCGGGUAUAGCAAAUAUAGUGAUUUCAAUGUUAUAUUAGCUAGUUCAUUUAUCUGUACCGAUUAGAUGUGCUGAGAAUCGAACUUACUUAUGUUAAAGUAAGAGAAUAAACAGAUCAUUAUAUGAA